AUGUUGGUUUUCUUACAGAUCAUCGCCUCGCAGCCUGGCGGUGGAUUCGCGUUCCUCCAAAAGAAAUUUGAGACGUAUAAUGACAGAAUCUGCCCAAUGCUCGUCUACCAUCCGCCUAAGCUGACGGCGAUCCGAAGUGUAGAGACACGCACUUGGGUCAUAGGCAAUGUCAAAAAAGGCGUUCAGUCACAGGAAGAUGGCGGUGAACCAAGCUGCGAUUACUACAUGGCAGUAUGUUUGGCUGAUGGUACCGUGCUGUUGCUGGAUGCGGAUUUGGAGAAGAACGAGGUGCUCUGGUGUGCACAACUGCAAAUCCAAGGCGAAUUGUUUGGCCUCUCAACACUCAACUUCACGAGUGAAGAUACAGAGGAUGUGUCAGUGUGCUGCUGGGACGGUUCUACGUACAUUUUCAACUACCGGAAGGACAUUCUGCGCUUUCUGGUGGGGCAGUCCUGCCAAGCAUUUACCUCAGGCAAGUACGCUGUAAGACGAGGGCACAACGAGCCGGUGUUAGUGUAUGCCACCUGCGAGAGCUCACUGCUCAUUUACUACAACCUCAAUGUGGACUCCAUUCCCAUCUAUUCGCUGACACAAAAGAUAUCUCUGAGGCCUAGUCUUCUGAAGAAGUUGGAGGAUUUAGGUGUGAAUACCUCGGAUUCGGAGCAAGUCCGCCAGGCUGUGCAUAACCUACUCUACGAAUUUGGACGACGUGAAAAACACCAGCCUCUCAAGGCGGAUUGA